CUUUUUCCAUACCAAUCUUGAACCCGCCGCUUCAUUUGCGGCACAAGGAGAUGCUUCAGAUUGAUGACUUCUUAUAUCAUGUGUUGACUGCUGGCUAACACUCGCUAUUCUAGAGCCUAUGAAUGACCCGUCGACAAGCUGAGGCUGCAGAAUAGAGGCUAGCAUCGUAAGAACGGCGGGACCGUGGCAGUUGUAGGUUAGAUGCCAGGACGCAAGACGGAUACGCCGUGGCCCGUCCCUUGUCGCCGUAUCCACCCUCUGACUCGGCCAUGUCCACGAAUCUACAUGGCACAAUUGUUGCUGGGACGCGCAAGCAAACGGCGACGCCAGCUGCUUUCUGGCACAGCCGCCGCCGUCAGUGGCCAUUGACGCGAAGGCACCGAGGAUUGGUGGUGGGCGGCGAGACGCAGCAACGGGGAUGGAAGCAAGACUUUGGAGUUGAGAAACAAGCCGGGAAGCCAUGUGCCGAUGCCAAGAAACCAAGGCUCAUAGGCCAAUACGGCCGUUGCGACUUGGCUCCAUCGCUAGCCAAGUCGACAACACGGCCCACGGCGCAGCAGGAUCGAGGUGAAGCUCCGAGGAGGCGUGGCCGCGAUGCCACCGGGAGUCGGCUCAGCAUUGACGGACGGGGCCUGUGGAAUGAAACCAGGAAGUCCACAGUCCACUGCAAAGACCGAGAGGCUCGACUUCCGCCGCUACGCGCAAGACUUAAUGUUCCCGUCCCAACGUGAUCACUCAAUUCCAAUUUCCAUCCGUUUCUCAGCUACUCGCAGCCAACUAAUAAUCUCUGGCGCCUCUAUCACGUCACUCGAGUUGCGCCUCCAACGUUCGGCGCUGAGUAGGCCAAGCCACAUCAUUAUUGCCCAGCCCAUCUUAGCUCGCCAG